UUAAUAGUGCAAUGCCUAUUUAUAUUGCCAAUUUGUCCAUCAAAUGGACGCACUCCCUCCCAAAAAUACCAGAAAACGCAACGAAUUAAUAAUAUCUCAAAAACGCCACACAGAAAGCAGAUUCAAAGAUGCAUAAAAUAGAGAAAUGUGAAUACACCUGCCCCAGUUUCAACAGCUAUUGUUCAGAUAAAUUACCAGAAAUCGCAGCUAAAAUCUCCGAAGAAGUUAUUAGUAAUCGUGGAUGUAAUAGUUGUGAUGAAGAAGAAGAUGAGCGCGGUAGUGGAGUCGAGUUCGAAUUUUCUGCCGCGGAAGAGUUCUUCAACGGUCCCGCGUUUCCCGUUUUCAACCGCCGCGAUUUUCCGAUUAACGGUGAGCUUCUUCCAGAUCAUGGCCAUUCGGACGAAGAUGCCGAUGAAUCGAUUUGCAUCGCGUUGAACGAGUGGUCCAUAGAUGACGAUAAGAAAUAUCAUCGCGAUUCGAAGUCGUCGUCAUCAUCGGAAGCCUGCGAUGAGCUGGAGGGAUCAAAAUUAAACGAAACAACGACGUCGCAGGGCAGUGGCUAUAGGAAGAUCAGUUCCACGGGAUCUAUGAUGCCGUUCAGGCGAUGGAAGAUCCGAAAUCUGCUGCGCCGGAGUAACAGUGAAAGGAAGGACGGUUUUGUACUUUUCAGUUCAAAAGUUGGAGGGAAAUCUGAGGGAAAGGAACCAGGAAAAGCUUUAUCCAAAGUCACCGGAAACACGAAGGCAAAAAGAAAAGUUGCAGGCGGAGGUAAGGCGAUGCCGCCGUCGUGGAUGGCCGCUCACGAGUUGUAUUACAUGCGGGCCAAUGAUAGAGCGAAAAGGAGAUCGUAUUUGCCGUAUAAACGAGAACUGGUAGGCUUCUUCGCCAGCGUCAACCGUUUGGGCAGGAUUUGAGGAGUCUCUUAUUGCUUCUACUCUAAAAAUAUUUUUAUCGAAACGUGUUUAAUACGGAGUACUAAAAAUUGUACUAUUUGAUUAAAAAAGUAAAAGAAAAAUACUUGUAUCAACCGAGCCCAACAAAAGCGUUGUCUCCUUAAGACGUUUUUGUCCGACACACGUAGCAAGCGUCUCCCAGGAUAGAACGGUUCUUCGCUCCCAACGGGAUUCCGGCGAACUCAAAGAUGCAACGAAAGAAGAGAUAAUUUUGAGGAAUUAUUAGUGAAUGUUCGGAUAUUUCAAAAGUGAAGACAAGGCGGGUAUUUAUAGAGCUCUGGCCAGGAGCCUCUUAACCCAAAAGACACCUUUUAAAAGAAAGUUCAUGACCUUUCUUUUAAAACGAAUGGUUGUGUCUUUUAUUUGGUUUUAUCCGAAAAACGUAGCAAAAUUAAAUCUUCCUAUCUUAAGCCCGAUUGUUGACUCGUCAAAGACCCGAACGAUUAACGGCGACAGUGUAUGCGUGUUAAGUAUAAUUUCACGCUUAUCUUUCGGGGAAUAAUUUCUCAUUCAUUUCAAAAUGAUUUUUACAAAUAAUAUUAAUGACCAUAAUAUUAAUUUGUAAAACCAUUUUUCCAACAAUCCCCCCACAUGAAUGGGAAAUUGGCUUAAAGACAGGAAACAUAUUGGAAUUUGACAUGGGAAGAUGGGAACUCUGCAUAGGGUUAGGUAGUCGUGAAACUUUGAAACUACCUUAGUGUAUAUCCAUCGGAUUUACUGGACAAUCGGUAGCACUUUGCUUUGAACCGUCAGCCAUAGUGUAAACCUAGACAAUGAAUAACACACAGAGCCCCGAGUGCAUCUUUGGUUCUCACGUUUGUGUUCGUUUCGGCCUUGAACACCUCCUGAUUCAGCUAGUGUUUUUGAGAGUAUAUCGUGCACCGGAGAAUUUAUCUCGUGCCAUAGACUCUCAUAGAAGCGGCCUUCUUCCACCAGCAUAGGUGAUCUCUAUGGAAGGUAUCAUGUCAUACCUUACUUGAACUUAUCAAGAUAUAGAGAUCAUUAAAAGCGUAACUUACCCUAAGUGUUCAUGACAUGAGUGUACUAUAUCUUGGCUAGUACCGUCCGAGCCAGUCCACAGUUGUGUUUUCCCUUUGAACCUAAUUAUGAGGCACUCUCAAUAAUAGGUAGGGUUUCCCCAUGGACUUUUUAUUGGAUCAUUGGACGUAGGCCCAUUGCUCUCCUUGACGUUUCGACCAACUCUCUCGGUAGAGGUUUGGUUAGCGGAUCCGCAAUAUUUUCUUUCGACUUAACAUAGUCAAGAGAGAUGAUCCCAUUUUUAAUUAGUUUUCUAACGGUAUUAUGUCUACGACGGAUGUGUCUAGACUUACCAUUAUAAACUGCAUUCCUUGCCCUUCCAAUUGCAGCUUGACAAUCACAGUGAAUGGAUAUUGGAGGGACAGGCUUUUCCCAACAAGGAAGAUCUUCCAAAAACUCUCUCAACCAUUCAGCUUUUUCUCCAGCCUUAUCUAAGGCAAUGAAUUCAGCUUCCAUGGUAGAUCUUGCAAUACAUGUUUGUUUGGAAGAUUUCCACGACACAGCACCACUUCCAAGGGUAAACACAUAUCCACUUGUUGAUUUUGUAUCCUUGGAAUCGGAUAUCCAAUUUGCAUCGGUAUAUCCCUCUAGCACGGCUGGAUAUUUUUGAAAAUGCAAACCAUAGUCUUUGGUGUACAUCAAAU